GCUGUAGCAGCUGUCAGUUUUGUUUUGUUUACUAUACUAUUUAGUAUUUACUGUACUAUUAACCAACUUAGUAAAUUAAUGUGAGUACAGUACCAACAAGUAAAGUUAGCACAGUUUUCGAAGAAUAAACUUUCAAUAAUAGUAGUGUUAUAACUUCCUGUCUUCAAAUUCAGAACAAUGGUGUACCUACACUUCCCGACCAAUUUAACAGAAGAAGAACUCAUGUUACAGGCUAAAUACCAGAAGCUUAAAAGAAAGAAAAAGGCUUUACAAGCCUUAAAAGCUCCAAGACCUGAACCAGAGAGAACUCCAACUCCCAAAAGGCCGAUGGAAGCACAAAAUGCAAAAGAAGUUGCGAAAAAGUUGUUGAAAUCUGGUGCCAUCACUGCCAUUCCCCGCACUCCGAAGCGUCCGGAACAGGCUGGGUUCAAGAGACCUAGAGGAUUGGAAAGAAAAUUGUCAGGGGCCGAUAGAACUGUGAGCGGCUACCAACCAUUCUCCGCGACUCAAAUGGAUGAUCAGGAUUCAGAGACUAUGCGCCCAAGAGUUAACGACUUGUAUGAAAGUUUUGUCAGUGCUCGGGACAGAGAAGAACGAGGAUUAACAGACAAACCAAGAGAAGAAGGUAGACCUGAGAAACCUCGGUCUGGGAACACAAUUUUCGUUCAUGGUAUGAAAAUUACUGAGGACUUCCUACGUAAAACUUUCCAGUCAUAUGGCAACAUUGUAAACAUAUCAAUGGAAAUUGAAAAGAACCGUGGGUUCGUGACAUUUGACAAAACUGAAGCAGCUGAUACGGCAAUUACUGAGAUCAAUGGCAGCAUUGUGUCAAAUAUACAACUGAAGGUUACCUUGGCUCGGAGACAACCAAUAAUCAGUCCCAUCAAUGAUGCCUCCUCAUCCACUGCUUGGUCCUCUCUUGCUUCCAACCGAUCUCAAAAAGGAAGCCACAAGGACAAAAGAGAACAAGUAAUAUACGAUGAUAUAUUUGACUAACUUUAUAUGAUUUAGUCUUCUUAAGUUAGUGUCUUAAGUUGAAACUAUCAAUGUGAUAGGGAGUUUAUUGUAAAUAAAAAUUAAAAUCAUUUAAAA